CCUCUCUCUUCCGCUUGAUUGGUCUAUCGAAUCAAUCAGAACAAAACCUUUGUGCUUAUUACUGGACCCGGCAACUGGCAUCGACAGCAUACUCUAGCAACAUGGGUUUCUUUGGUCGUUUAAUCAAAUCCGCAUCGUUCAAGAACAGGAAGAAGAAGAAGCAGAAGGCUGCUCAUGCCAAGGAACAUCUGCAGCAAGCAAAGGUAGCAUCGCCCACAGCCGACGAGGAAGAAGAGCUACCGUUUGCAACGCAACAAGAUGAUUCGGAACCAAACGCGACCGCUUCCGAAGACGAAUGGGGCAACGAAAUCGACGUAGAUGCCCUGCCUCCAUCGGAUCGUAGUGCCGUCCUGGCUGCUGCUGCUGAAGUACCCCGCGAUACCAACAUUCCAUCGUCGUUUGACUUUGGCGGAAACGACGAUGUUUCACUCAUUACCCUGGAAACUUGUCCCAGCUUUUAUCGACCUGACGCGACGACACCGCAACGGUCCUCGGUCCGGUUGAUAGUCAACUCGCCAGAUUUCGAUGUCGACGACUAUACGGAGUCCGUUUCCAUUCACAUGGCGUACCGACCACCGACAAUGCCCAUUAUCGUGGCUCAAACCACCAAUAAUAACAACAGACAGAACGUGGAUGUCGAUGAUUAUGAUGACGACGACGAAGCAACGGCCGUUGAGGUGAUCCUUCCAGAGCAGCCGCAGCGACCAUCCUGUGCGUCCGUGGAGGAACCGGAACUACAAAGCUACCAUGUCGAGUUCCAGGUCCCGCAACAAGACGAGCGCCUGGCCGACAUAUGGCGUUCGACAUCACCACGAAGUUUCCAUUCCAAUGGCCGCAGGCCACAUAAUAAGCAGAGAAACCUCCUGCUCAAAUAUCAACAAUCCACCGCCUCGAAAGCCGCGGAAAUGAAACAGCACAUCAAGGGGUAUUUCAGAUACGUGCCAAGAGGGACCGAAGACAAUGAUAUUUCCGUCAUCUCCACGUAGCGACAUAUGUGCUUGUGCAAACAAGAUGUACAUCCAUUUGCUUAGUUAGUCAUCCCUCUUUUUCUGCUGGCCUCUUUUUCUUUCAUCCCUACCCUACUCUGAGGCUCACAUGGAUUGACGCCCCAGGCUUCUUGAUUGCCCACGGUACCUUUAACCAGUACUUGAGAAUUCCCAUUGCAAGCCCCCCGUGUUUCCUUUCGCAGAUAACUUUCUUGACUACCGUACUUACUUCUUCCUUUUUCAGCCUCUAGUACAGCAUUUUACUAAUCUACAUACAUAAUUACCUUGGACAACCCCGCUACAAACACAAUCUAACCCUGAGCCGCUCCC